AAAUACUCCAUUAUUCUUUCCAUUUCCUUGUCUCCAAUUCACGCACUUACUAUCUAUAUAUAUAUCACUAGCUUCUUUAAUUAAUUUGCAUAUAUUUUUUGAUAUAAUUAAAGUUAACAAUAUUGAAGUAAAUACAAAAAUGCCGUCUGCAGAUUCUUCUGUAGUAAAAGUGUCACCAUUUGAUCUCAUUUCUUCAGUUCUAAAUGGAAAAGCCGUAGAGACGUUUAACGGUUCAGAGGCAGGAGAACCGAAGAUAAUGAUGGUGGGGAACCGUGAGCUGCUUACGUUGUUUACGACGUCGUUUGCUGUUAUAAUUGGAUGUGUCCUACUUUUGUUGUGGCGAAAAUCGUUUACUAAGAAGAAAAAGUUAGUUAAAGAAGAUUCCGAGCCUGUACAAAGAAUAGCUGUACCUCUUAAGAAACAGAAUGAACCGGAAGAAGAAGUUGACGAUGGCAAGAAGAAAAUUUCUAUUUUUUAUGGAACACAAACCGGAACUGCUGAAGGUUUCGCUAAGGCACUUUUAGAAGAAGCCAAAGUUCGAUAUGAAAAGGCUGUUUUUAAAGCCAUUGAUAUAGAUGAUUAUGCCGAUGAUGAUGAUGAGUAUGAGGAGAAACUAAAGAAAGAGUCUUUAGCGUUUUUCUUUUUAGCUACAUAUGGAGAUGGUGAGCCAACAGAUAAUGCUGCCAGGUUUUAUAAAUGGUUUGCAGAGGGUGAAGAAGAGAAAGGAGAAUGGCUUAAGAAGCUUCAAUAUGGAGUGUUUGGCCUUGGCAACAAACAAUAUGAGCAUUUUAACAAGAUUGCAAUUGUGGUCGAUGAGAAACUCGCAGAGCAAGGUGCAAAACGCCUUGUGCCACUUGGACUUGGAGAUGAUGAUAAAUGUAUUGAAGAUGAUUUCACAGCUUGGAAAGAGUUGGUGUGGCCUGAGUUGGAUAAUUUAUUGCGUGAUGAGGAUGACACAUCUGCUACCACUCCUUACACAGCUGCUAUUUUGGAAUACCGUGUUGUAUAUCAUGAUAAACCUGAUCCAUCUGCAGAUGAUCAAAGUCAUUCAAAUGGUCAUGUUGUUCAUGAUGCACAACAUCCAAUCAGAUCCAUUGUGGCAUUUAAAAAGGAGCUUCACACGCCUGAGUCUGAUCGGUCUUGCACCCAUCUCGAAUUUGACAUUGCUAACACUGAACUAACAUAUGAGACGGGAGAUCAUGUUGGUGUUUACUGUGAGAAUGUAAGUGAAGUCGUGGAAGAGGCUGUGAGAUUAAUAGGCUUAUCACCCGACACUUAUUUCUCUGUCCAUACUGAUAAGGAAGAUGGCACACCAAUUGGUGGUUCCUCCUUGCCACCUGCUUUCCCCCCAUGCACUUUGAGAAAUGCAUUGGCUCGCUAUGCAGAUGUUUUGAGUUCUCCUAAAAAGGCUGCUUUGACUGCUCUGGCUGCUCAUGCUUCUGAUCCUGCUGAAGCUGAUCGCCUAAGGUUUCUUGCAUCUCCUGCCGGCAAGGAUGAAUAUGCUCAGUGGAUAGUUGCAAGCCAAAGAAGUCUUCUUGAGGUCAUGGAGGCAUUCCCAUCAGCUAAGACUCCACUUGGCGUUUUCUUUGCAGCUGUUUCCCCACGUUUGCAGCCCCGUUAUUAUUCUAUAUCUUCAUCUUCAAAGAUGUCACCAGAUAAGAUUAAUGUCACGUGUGCGUUAGUAUAUGAGAAAACACCUGCAGGGCGCAUCCACAAAGGAGUGUGUUCAACCUGGAUGAAGAAUACCGUGCCUAUGAGUGAAAGUCAAGAUUGUAGCUGGGCACCCAUUUUUGUCAGAACAUCUAACUUCAGGCUGCCUGCCGACCCUAAAGUCCCUGUUAUCAUGAUUGGUCCCGGCACUGGAUUGGCUCCUUUUAGGGGUUUCCUUCAGGAAAGAUUAUCUAUGAAGGAAUCUGGAACUGAACUUGGAUCAUCUAUUUUAUUUUUCGGAUGCAGGAACCGCAAAGUGGAUUUUAUAUAUGAAGAUGAACUAAACAACUUUGUGGAGACUGGUGCUCUUUCUGAGCUUAUUGUUGCUUUCUCACGUGAAGGACCCACUAAGGAAUAUGUGCAACAUAAAAUGAACCAGAAGGCUUUGGAUGUAUGGAACUUGCUUUCUGAGGGGGCAUACUUAUAUGUAUGCGGUGAUGCUAAAGGCAUGGCAAGAGAUGUACACCGAACCCUUCACACAAUUGUGCAAGAACAGGGAUCUCUAGACGCGUCCAAGGCCGAGUUGUAUGUAAAGAACCUACAAACGUCCGGAAGAUAUCUUCGUGAUGUUUGGUAAUCAUUCUAUUUGUGGAUUCGAGAUGGGAAGAAGGAUUGGAAUAAAGAUUGCACCAUCUCUCCAUACCUUGUUAAUUUGAGCGACAUGUAUUGAUGGUUUUCGGAAUUCUUCUCUCUAUUGCGAAUGAUUUUUUGAAUAGGUGGUUGGUGCAUUGUUAUUUAGACGUAGUACGUCCUAUGUAAGUAGUAAAAAUGUAUCCUCGUGAAUUUGAAUACUUAAAUCUCGUUUCUUGA